GUGUGUUUACAUAGCUGAUGAUGUAAACAGAAAAGACGCCUCAUCCGGAUAAGUCACAUACCAUAAAGGCAGGCUGUCUGUAUUUAUCUGGGCAAAAGUGAUUCGUUUUUGUUUUCCUUGAUAUGUUUUAAUUCAUAGAAACAAGAAGCAAUGGACUUCUACAUCAAUUUGAAGGUGAAUUUCAGGGGGAAUGCGAAGAAUUUUCUUCUGUCAGGUUCCGAGACGAAGAGUUGGGAGUCAAUGGAGGCCAUGGUGAAAAGGUCCUUUGGCCUGUGUAAUCUACAAGUUACUUAUUUUGAUGAGGAGAAUGAGGAGGUAUCCAUAAACAGCCAAAUGGAGUAUGAGGAGGCAUUAAAGAGUGCAUCCAGGCAAGGGAACCGGUUGCACAUGAAUGUGUAUGAGACCAGGGGUCAGCCCACGCGUGUGCCGGCCAAGGCCAGUGGAGGGGAGCCCAAGAAAGGGUUCCGUCCCCCACAGCACUGCCCAACCCUGGCUCAAGUGGUGAGCCGGAAGGUCCAGGCUGCUGUCCCCGAACAGGGCAUGGUGAUCAUGAAAGAACUAAAGGGGACCAAAGAGGAAGAUAAGACACCUCCAGCAUGGUUUACAUCUUACAUGGAGAAGUUCAAAGACCAAGUAGUGAGGGAGGCAGUGGAGAAGAUCUGUCGGGAGUUCUCGGGCCAGUGCUGCAUCCACAAGCCCAUUGGGGCUGAGGCCCAGAUCCCUGAGGUGACCUCCUCCACCCUGCCUGGGGGUCCUAGUUCCACCCCUGCCUGCAGCAGCUGCCGGGGCCAGACCGCUGGGGGAGGAUACCAGUGCAGUGUGUGUACGUCAUGCACACUGUGUGAGCCCUGCAGCUUCUCCCAUGACCCCAGCCACAACCUGGUGAGAGCCAGAACACCCCUUUCCAUCCCUGAGCACGGUUCACCAGCCCCAGACCACAGCAGGUUCUACCGGCGAGGGGACCGGAGCUUCCGUAAGGCGGAGAAGCAGCGUCUGAAGGCUGAGAAGCGUCAGCUGAAGGCGGAGGUAAAGGAGAUCAGGAAGCAGCUGAAGAUGGAAAGGAGGGGCCUGCAGUGGAGUGCCGCUGGCGACGGGAGCUCCUCCCCCGUCCUGCUCCAACCCAGGGCCACCCAGGCCAACAGCCCAGAGCGUCCCAAGCGGCCCUGCCCUCUGGUGGUGCCAGCCAUGACGGCCCUGUUCCUGGAUGAGAACCUGCCUGAUGGGACUCGUCUUCGCCCGGGCACCAAGUUCAUCAAGUACUGGAAGAUGAGAAACACUGGCAGCGUGAGCUGGAGCUCUGAGACCAAGCUGAAGUUCAUGUGGGGGAAUCUGGCGGUGGCGUCGGGCGACCGCUGGCGUGAGGUGGCUGUGCCUUUCUUGCAGCCAGGUCAGGUGGGCGUGGUAAGCGUGGCCCUAUGCGCCCCAGCCCUGGAAGGCUCAUACACCUCCCACUGGCGUCUGGCACACGGUGGGGAGCAGUUUGGCCCUCGCGUCUGGUGCAGCAUUGUGGUGGACCCCCUGGCCCCUGCAGCCGUGAUGGCAGAUGGCGUGCUGGUGUCGCCCUGCGUCACCCCUCAGGGGAAGAACCCCCUCUCCACAGAUAAGGAUGGGAAGACUUGUACUGCAUCCUCUAGGGAUCAAGCACUCAUGUCAGUGGACCAAGACGAACGAGAAUACUACAUUCCCUCUGUGGACCUGCUCACAGCCCAGGAUUUACUCUCCUUUGAGCUGCUGGACAUCAACAUUGUUCAGGAAAUAGAGAGCGUGCCCAACAACACCCCGGCAGAUAUGACCCCGUGCAUAUCCCCACUGCCCCAUGACGGUCCCCUGCAGGAGAAGCCCACCCUGGGGUUGAUCCAGGAGGAAGCAGAGGCCCAUCAGGCCCAGGGAGUCACAAGCAUCCAGCCGUCUCAGGGCCUGGGGCCAGGGGCGGAGGGGGGCCGGGUUCCAGCCCAGGAGGAGGGAGAGGAGGAUAUGAGCGGGACUCAGUUUGUGUGUGAGACGGUGAUGCGCUCGCUCACACUGGAGGAGGCCCCAGACCACACACCCCUGCAUGGGAACUGUCCCGGCAAAGUGGUCCGCCCAGCAGCCCAAGGUGGCUCCGCCUCCUCUUGUCUUAAAGGGAAAGGUGUUGAUAAGCGUUUGGAGGCGAGGUUGGAGAAAACCCGGGACAUAUCCCAUGUGGCCCCUCUCACAGCCCUAGCACCACCCCAGCUGGCUAUACCAGAGCUGAUGAUGCCAGAUGAGGGACUGGAGUCAGACAUCGAGAGCAUCUGCGUGGACGCCAGCGGGGACGAAGACAAGGGCGAAGAUAAAGGAGAGUUGACAGAGGGGAACAGGGGCGCCCGCAGCCGUUCCUCCUCGGCCUCAUCCGAGGAUUACAUCAUCAUCCUCCCUGACUGCUUCGACACCAGCCGCCCGCUGGGAGAGUCCAUGUACAGCUCCGCCCUCUCCCAGCCUGGCGACGCCCCCGACACGCCCACAGAUCCCGACCGCCAGGGCCGUACCACUCCCGAGGGGGAGCACGAUGAAGCAGAAGAGACAGUUUCAGGCUCCAGCAGUGCCAACGAUAUGCUGUGCACCUCCCAGACGUUGGACGCCGUGCCCCUAACCCCUGUGGUGGUGGCACCCCCUCGGCUCAACUCAGCUCUUACACCCAGCCUAGACAGCAAUGAUCAGACCGAGGCAGCAGCAGAGUCCCUGGACAGGACUGAGGUCUACCAGCAGGGAGAGUCAGAGGAUGGUUCCAAGCAGCCAGACAGCCAACCAGACAGCCCAUCUGCUUCUGGUGACUCAGAAGACAACUCCGAAGACCCUAGGCACCCAGGCAUCACUGGAGGCCUGGUGAAAGGAGCCCUGUCUGUCGCAGCAUCCGCCUACAAGGCUCUGUUCACUGGGCAGCCUGGCCCAGUGCAGCCCCCAGUGGAUGGAGCCACCCAGGACACCAUGAUGGGGGUGCUGGUGGAGAUGGGCUUUGGUGACCGGCCGCUCAACCAGCGGCUGCUGAAGAAACACAACUACAACCUGCUGGACGUGGUCAACGAACUGGUCCAGAUGACCGACAAUGACUGGUACUCCACCCGCUACUGAGGAGAGAGGCAGGAGGAGGAGGAGGAGCUGGGGUGGCGUCAUGGGUUUAACCUCUGAUGCCUUGACCUCUUGUCUCUUCUUACUCUUUUUAGAUUUGGACCAAGUUGACAGGAGGUAUCCUGAUUAUGACCUAGAGACAUUCCCACGGACUUUGGGAUAUUUAGACUAUCAAAUAGCUACAGUAUGUAUGUAUGUAGAUUAAUUUAACAUGGCCGUUUCUGCCUGUUGGCUUUUGCAUAGGAAAGGGGGAGACUGAAGGGGGGUGGAUGAGGUGGGCUACUCUUUCCAGGAGAACACCUUCAUUGCUGUGGUAACAAAUGGCAAACAUAUCACAAGUUGCUAUCGCCAAGCCAUUCCUGUUAAACAGUAUACUCACCCUAGAAGUCAUAGAUUGGAAUACAGGCUGAAUAUGCAGCCAUAGACCAGGUAUAUUCAACAAGAGUUACAGGAAAAGGUGUAAGCUUAGCUGAAGGGGUGUUGGGUGUAGUAUUUAUCACAGAGAGCCAGAACCAUAUAGGACUUACUUCUUCUAUAAGCUGUGGCAAUAGUCAACAUUGUAUGACGUUAAUCAACUUCAUAGAAUGUUUGAAUAGUGGACAUGUCAGGUCCUCGUUCCAAGUGGGAAUGACUGUCAGUGUUGGAUAACGCUAUGCUUCAUUCAGAUCACAGCAAUUAAACACACACACACACCCACAUGCUUAAACCUUUCUCAGCUUAACUGUUCAAAGUAUCAGCGUACUGUAGACAUGAUGCGUGUCUUAUUGAUUGAAGAUAAUCAUUCCCCUGCUUUCUGUGAUGUCGUGCCAUGGCUGGCAACAUGCUAUGGGUAUUUGUGCGUAAUUGUGUACACAUGAAGUAUUUUUGAAAUGAGGACCAUUACAUUGAUGCACUCCAUUUAAUUCCAUUUUGAGAGGGCAUAUUAAUCAUCAUUCUUAACUAGGAGUAUAUUUGGGUUUAAAAAUAAAAAUCAUGUAAAUAUAAUAUACAAAUGAUUUUUUUGUUGCACAUGGAAGACAUAAAUAUUGAUGCAAACCCAAAAGACUAGCUGCUCAAGAAGUGAAGGAUGUUAUCAUUUUUAAGAUCCUGUUGAAGGGAUUUUAUCAAGAAAUGAAUUAACCUCCUUUACAAAAUGUCUUCAAUCUGCUCUAUAUUGUCCUCAGAGGGAGGGGGGUUCUUUUCAGAACCAUACAGGGGGCCUGGUGAUCAUGAUAUAUCAAAAGCAUUGACUCGUUCCACUUGGUAUCAUUCUUUUUUUUAAAUGUACUUCAAGUUCUUUCAAAACUUAAACUGAAAUCAAGCAGUAUGUAACAAGUUUGAAAUGCUUUUAUUAUUUUCCAAUAUGAAAAUGCUAAUGUGUUUCAGGUGAUCCUAGGAGGUAAUCUUUGUUGUUAAAAUAUUUUUUGUUUUAGAGUUGAUUGCUUGAGGGCUGUUUUGGAAAUGUAACGGAAGAUUUGCCUGUGUUCUUCUGGUUGAAGCGUUCUCAUGUCAUUGUGCUUGAAUUUCCACUGUUCUAAUAUGUUUAUAUUUGAAGAAAAGAUACUGCAAAGGUUUGCUUAAGUCUUGUACACUAAGGGGAACUUGACAGGGUUGUGAGCAUUGUGAAAAAGAAUUAACACUUAGUGGCCAGUCAUGUAAUGUAGCAAAUGGAUAUUGGUAAAAAUCAUUAAUACAAAAACCCUUUGAAUCGACCCUAUUUUGAUAUAGUGUAGUCUUAAUGGUUCUUAGGGUUAGGGUCUUACCAAAGGAUAAGUGUCUGCUAAAUGACUAAAAUGUACAGUCCUACCAGGUUAUGGUAUAUGAUUUAUUGCCACUUAUGAGUCAACUUUUAGGGUGUCAAGGAGAAACUGAAUUCAAGGACAAUAAGUAUUGUGGUCUUUUAAAUUAAAGUAAUCUUUUCCCACAGUGGAAAAAUAUAUGUCAGAAAUUAUGGCAGGUUAAUGGAGGUCAGAAACAGUGCGAUUCAUAAAUGUCUACAUACAUGUACUUGAAACAUUCAUACCUUCCAUAUAUGGGCAGGAAAGUUUCAUAGAGGGUGAAGAAUGAGAACUCCCAAACGUUUUUUGGGGAGGGAUAAUGUGCAGAUUGUCUGAACUCUUUCUGUGUUGCACUUAAGACUUACCUGGAACCCUGACGUUGAAUUGCAUUGAAUUCUAGGUCGGCAGAAUUUAGAAUUUGAUCCAGGAAAAGUUUAUACUCACGACCUCUACAAACCUGAAUGUUGAAUAAAAUUAUAUUUUAAUGUAAUUUACCGGCAUGCACACAUGAUAAAAAUACAUGCAUUACUUGCCGAGCUCGUGCACGUGUUUACAUGGUUUUGCUCGUGCUUCAGGUGAUAGAAAUAUGAAUGAAAUGAUACUUUCCUGUGGAUAUUGUCAGACAUUCCUUCCACCAAAAGGACCAACCACAAAAACAACCGGUAAAGUACGUAAAAAUAUAAUUUUAUUCAACAUUCUGGCUUGUAGAGAUCGUGAAAGCAAACUUUCCUGAUUCAAACGCUCGUUUCUGCCGACCUAGAAUUUAAUACAAUUAAAUGUUGGGUUUCCAGGCAAUUAAAAGACAUAGGCUACCUGUGAUGUACAAAUAUCUUGUCUCUAAUAAAAGUCACUACACUUA